AUGUCCAAAGGCUUUAUUUGGUUCUUAGGUGUGAUUUACAGGUCCAGAAUCUUACUACUGGAUCACUCAGUACCUAAAGGUAAAGCAGGUAAAACAAAAAUCAACAGCGAGCUUGCUGUUUGUAUUUUUUCUUUGCAGUCAUGGUUUCAAAUGCCUUUCACCAACUCUCCGUCCAUGCUGGCACCCCCACAUUAUUCUUAUGUCAUUUUGUUAGAUUACAAGACCUUAAAGAAGCAAAGCAUAACUAAGAAGCCUGUCUUUCAACUUUUUAAUAGAGCUGUUGAGCUGACCUAA